UAGAAAAUGGCGAGUCUGUGCAAACGGCAGCAAUGUACGAUCGAGAGGCGCGGCUUUCGGCAGGAACUUGACUCAUGGCGGCAUAAACUCAUUCACUGUGUAGGUUUUGAAAGCAUUUUGGAAGGGCUGUUUGGGCCAGGGCUAGUAAAAGACUUUCCUCUUUUUCAAGAUUGUGAGCCAAAGCGUGUUUCAGAUUGGUCAUUUGAUGAAAAUUGUUUCUUCUGCUGUUUAAGACGAGAGAAAGUGAAGGAGAAUUUGGCUGGAUUGAACAACCAAAUCUUAUCAGACGUGGACAGAUAUAAGCAAGAGCAAUCCAGAAUCAUCAAACUUGAGAGACAAGCAGAAGACUUCCUCCAUGCUGUCCUCUAUAAAAGGGCAGAUUGCUCAAGCUUCUCAGAUCCCCACAUUCCUCUAGUGGCACGGGAGAUCAUGCAGCGAAUGAUUCGACAGUUCGCUGUGGAAUAUACCUCAAAAACUAGUGCAGCUCAGGAUAUACCCCAUCCCCAGUCCCAGCUCAACGGCACCAAGGACCAAAGCCUGCAAAAAGCGCCCUCACCAGACCUGGCUGCCAUUGUGCCCACCUCCCUCAGUACGGGCCCUGGCACCAGUGUUGCUGCCUCAGCACAGAACCCUGUCCUUAGCAAGCUUCUCAUGGCUGACCAGGAUUCUCCGCUGGACCUCACUGUUAAAAAGCCUGAUGUGGAGUCCAACAACCAAGAUGGAGUCCUUGAUCUCUCUACAAAGAAAAACAAGAACCGUAGCAGCCUCUCUCUCAAACCCUCCCAUGGUUUCUCCAUCACACCAGUAGUCAAGGGGCAUUCCCUGAUAGCUGACCAAAACUACCAAGACACUGAUGAUGAAGAUGACUUGCCACAGAAAAACUUGCUAGAUGUAAUCCGGGAGAACCAUCCUAGCUGUACAUCUGGCAAGCCGCCACUUGCCCGCUCACUUCUUAUAAAGGAGGAACUCCUGAGCCAGAAGCAUCGCUUCAGUGGACAGCCUUCACCCCUUUCAUUGGCCAGCUUGGAGACUGUCAGUUUGCUUAACCACAGUCAGACACAUCCUCUGCUUUUCCAGGAUGGAUCCUGGGGAAAACCUAAAUUAGAUGAUUUAUUUAAGCUCAAACAGGCCAGCAACAACCUCAGUGAUCUAAAGGACCUGCCACUUUUCUUGGAGAGCCAUGGCACAGUCACCAAGAGUACCAGUGCCUCUCAUGGCAAAUCUCUAGAUCCCAUCUCUAUGAAGAAGGAAGCAGGAAACUCUCCUCCUGUGGACCUGAAGAUCCCACAAGUGAGGGGCAUGGAUCUCUCCUGGGACUGCCAUGGCAACACCUCUGAUCUCUAUAGUUAUAGCUCCAUGACAGUGAGCAGUGUCCACUCAGAGAAUUGUCUAAGCAAGAAGCUUAGGGCAAUCCUACCCAAACAGAGUCGUAGGGCAGGCUUGGGAGGCCUUCUUGAUGGAAAUGCAGUUGGUGAGUAUUGGGGCACAGAGGCUGACCAGUCUACAUCUGGUCCUCAUUAUUCAACCUCAGAUCCAGAAGCAGAUCCAACAGGCUCAAAACAGCCACGCAAAAAGAGAGGCCGCUACCGUCAAUAUAACAGUGAGAUCCUAGAAGAAGCUAUUGCUGUGGUGAUGAGUGGGAAAAUGAGUGUUUCAAAGGCACAGAACAUCUAUGGUAUUCCCCAUAGUACCCUUGAGUACAAGGUGAAAGAAAGGAUGGGCACGCUGAAGAACCCACCAAAGAAGAAGCUUAAACUGAUGAUGAGGAUGGAGGGACAAGAUUCUAGAAUCUCUGCAGAAACUGAAGCCACAUCAAAACCAACCAGUACUCCCAGCACAGUGGAAGAGGAUCCAUUGCAGGGAGUGGGAGAUUUAAAAGAUGAGUAACAUUUAAGUUACAUUGGAAAGAAACUAACAAAACUCAUGGACUAAUGGAAAAAAGGACAGGGCUUUAAUUGUGCCAAUUUACUUUGCAGUAUCUGGGUGAGCACAACUGCAGGGAUCCAAUAACUGGGGAUAAAAAAAUAUUUUUUUUUAGAUAACAAAUGCUUAUGAAAGCCAUAAGUGAAUCAAAACCAGAGGUUUUAUUAAAAAACUAAAGCAGGCUGAUUAACUUGCCCCCCCUGGCCUGGUUCUUUUGAACUUUACAUGCCAUUGUUAGGCAGAAUCCUGUUAUGAUGAAUAAAAAAUGGGGAGCAAUUGGUGAGCAGAAGGCUUAAUAUAAGCCCUUCAGAAAUGAACUUUUUCCCUCUUGUUCCCACAACUCACACUACUGAGUUUGUUUGCUAAAGUAUACUUUAAAACUAUUCACAAAUUAAUUCCAGAAGAAUUUUGCCGAGCUAAUUAAAUAUACAUAUAUAUAUUUACCGUCAUUAGUUUUAACCCUUUAUACUCUGCAACAUAAAAACAAUUUAAAGUUAGCCAUUUUUUGUUUUUUAGAAAAUGUUGCUUAAGUAAAGUAAUUCAGGGAUGCAUGAUUGUGAUGAAAACAAACUAUUACUUUAUGAAACUUACAUUUUCUUUUACUUUUGCGCUUUCUUUUGCACUAUAUUUUCAGUCUGGUAAUUUCCAGACCACAAUUUUUGCGAUUAGACCUGAUUACCUCGACGUUGUUUGCAUUACGCACUUAAUAGUCUUUGUAGUUCUCUUUGUGAAACUAAAAAUAGUCUCCUGUGAGAAUCCUCAUUGUUUUGUUUUUUUUCUUUUCUUUUCAUUUUAUGCACCCUUUUUGAAGAUCUUUUCUGAUUUUAACCACUCUAAACAGGAAUACUUUUUGUAUGUAAAUUAUACAGGAGUUGGGUGCAUUUUUCUUUUUCCCUUUUUUCAUUGCUGCUUUAAAAUCUUUUAUUGACAUUUGUAUUUAUAAAAGGGUGGGGAGGGUAGAACAUAGGAAGGGGAAGUUUAAUUUUAAAUUAUUCUGUUGGGUCAGUCCUGAUAGAAAACCAAUCCUUGUCUCUAAAUAAUUUGUUUUCUCAUUUAAAACUCAGGGCAACUGAGACAAAUAUAGCAUUCAUAUAUUUAGAAGAAAGGAAAAAGCAGACCAUCCCGGUAAAACAUUUUAAGCAUUCUGUCAGGUCAGAACUUUAUGCAGGGUGUAGAUGAGGUCUAGCUGAGCCAUUAAAGAUACAGAACAUCAGUGGUAUAAGAAAAUAUGCGUUAAUAUGUGUAAUUUGUUCGGCAGGAAACGUCUGAGAAUAGCACUUUGUAAUAAAAGGAACAUGUUUGGAGGUAUGAGCUUAUAGUAGCUGUUGUAGUAGCAGGUAGAACUGAGGCGUGAGGUUAGAAGAAGGAAAGGGAAAGAUUAGUGUCUUACUAACACUAAUACUACAGCUCUGAUCCAAACAUAUUCUUUUCUUUCAAUUACCUCUUCAAAAUACCCUGGUUGACAGCUUGAAUUCUGUAGUUUUUCUAAUAUUUGUCACUGUCUGUUGUCUUCUUACUCUUUUCUCUUGACUGAUAGCUCUAAACUGUGCUCAUACAUCUAUAGAACAGAAAAGUACUUUCAUUUGACUUUCUGUAUUCAUUUGUCAUCAAAAAUCUGCAUUCUGUGUAGUAAUGGAGUUCCUUGCUCCAUCACUGCCUAGUGCUCACCCAGUCCUUUUUUUAGAACUGUGCAUUAGAUUCACAUCUACUUUAUGGUUUCAAAACGGAUGGAAAAAUCACUACUUUUAAGAGUUUUUAUUUGCCUUUUUUAAUUCAUUUCAUGCAGGAUCUAAAUGGCAUGCACCCAUUAAAUAUGGGGUUUUGUGGUAUUUCAAAGGUGGUCAGUGCCAUUUUAAUUAGUGCUUAACAAUGCAGUCUACUUUUACCAGUUAGGCUGAAGCCCUGUAGUGGAACUUAAAGUAAGGACCAUUAGAAACAAGCUUUUGCCAUUGACAAGUAUGCCUUCAAAAUGUAACCCUGAAAAAAAUGGAGAUACUAUUUUAACUUUUCACUUACAAAGAACUUAGAACUUAAUAUGACCAGGGAUACUAAAACUUUUGCAUAUAAAUGUAGUCCAUAAAAGUGCACUAACACUUUGUUAAUGCUAAGCAUCUGAAGUGUCUAAUUGGGAUUUACUUGUGUUUCUUCUUGAGUACACAAGUCCUCAAACUCAAGCUAAACUGAUUUACUGACGUUUUUAUCCAACUAAACUACUAAUUAGGAACUAAUAUGGGCAUACUAAUAAAAUGCAUUGCUCAUACUGGAUAUUAUUUAAGCUGUAUAUGUAAAUACAGUUGUAGAAUAUGUUAAUAUCUUAUUCUUAAUUAUAUCUUAAUUGGCACUUAGGAAAUAUAGCACUGAUGUGCUUUACUGAAAAUUCUGUUUGAGCACUUGAAUCUUUUUUCCCUGGUCAUGUAUAAUGUUUAUGGAUUAAUAGUCUUUAUUAUUAAUGCAUAAAAAUAUUUAGUCUUUUUAUUUAUAGGACUUUUUAUUGUGUAUUGGUACAACAUGGAACCAUGAUGUAUUAACUGAGAAUUAUUGUCAUUCACCACACAAAGUAUUCUAUAAUGUCAGUUUAUUUGCAUUUUUAAUGCAGUUAAAAAUAAAUAAAAACAUAUUAUUCUGCAAAUCAUAUUGCAGGAAAAAAUGUAAAAGGGAAGCCAAAAAGGCCUACAGCAGUCGUAAAGGAUUAGCAGUUCUCUGUCACAGUAACACAAACAAUUAAAUUUAAUCAAAUUUCAAUUGGGCUUGUAACACAAGAUGAUAAGAAAAUACUUUGCAAACUUGCAACUUAUUUAAACUUGAGAUUCCCCAAUGUAUGUGAGAGACUCAAACAUGUGGAGGAAAAUGGCCUGAUAAUCCAAAUUUGUGCUUCUGUGAUGAGCACAGUUUGCUGCAAAUCUAAUAUUGCACAGACAAUUCAUCUAGAAUAAAGAUGUGCAUUCGGUUUAUUCAAUUUAUUUUGUAUUUAUUUAUAUUUGCCAUUAAUUAAAGUGUUUAAUUAAAGGCUUGUUUGUUUUAUCAUCAACAUUACUGAGCACUUUGUGAUGAACAAAUAAAUACAUCAUGGUUCUGUGAGUGAGUACUGUUAUAAGCAUGGUACAAAGAUGGGUUAAAAACAAAUCUGAUGUGCAGCCUUCAAAUCUGCAUGUGGUGCAUGCCAUUUUUAAUUUUUUUUGUUGAUGUUUAGGUUUUGCCAUUGGGCUAGCAGAUCCCCUAUGUCCAAAAAAGAAAUUCACAUCUUGAAUGUAGUUGAGUGGACCAAUUGAUUUUCACAUGUCUCUAAAAUGUUUUUUAAAGGAAGGCAGCAAUUUGGUUAAAAUAGGUUUCUUUUUUCCCCCCAUUUAGAUGGUUGUUCUUGUGCACCAUACACUCGUAGCCUUCAAUACUUUGUACUGUAUCUCAGGAUUGAAUUGAAGGGGCAGCAAUAUUUGUCAGUCAGAGGAUGACACAGGAUUAACUGCUGUGUUAGAAAAGUGUAGGUAUACACAUAUAGACACAUGGCUUUCUUGUCCAACUGCUAUACCUCAAUCUUGGAAAGCAUAUUCCUACAUGUGCCUCAUAUUUAGCACUUUCAGGAAUGCCAUAAAAAUGGAUGGGUAGUCAAAAAACUGGAUAAUGUGCGUCUGUCUCUCUUUGUCUCUCUCUCGCUCUCUCAUAUUAGAGAAGACAGUGGGAGAAAAUGUUUCAUCCAACUGACUGACUUAUACUUGCAACCUUUUUAUUCAGGUGCUUGAGGGAAAAAAAAUUCUUAAAUACCUAGUCUGAUUGAAAUGAUGAACUCUAUACUGUAUGGCAUGCUGUUGAUAAAGAAUCACAUAUAGGUAAGAGGUUAAGGGCCAGCAGUUUUUUGUCUUUUUUUCCCUAUUGAACACAUCCAAUUACUGAUACUUUCCUAGCCUGGUAGCCUGAGAUACAGGACAGUUAUUUACUGUUAUUUGCUUGUUUUUAAACUACAGUUCAAAAUAUGACUUUAUAUUGACAGAAAUAGUGGUGGAUGAGCAUGUGUGGGAGUGUGUGGUCGUGCGUGUGUGUAUGUAGAUAUGUAUGCAUUAGAAAGAUUAUGGUUAUUGUCUUCAGGUAAAACCAUUUCUUACAGCAAAUUACUUUUUGCUGUAUAUCAUACUGGACAAAAAACAGCUAUAACCUCAGUUUUUACAUCACGUACCAUUUAUUUUCAUGACAAACCUCUCAGAUUGAUCUUUUUCUAGGUAAAAUGAAUUUGCUCUGCACUGUAUAUCCAGUUAACAGCAUUACCUCAGGUCAGACCUCUCCAGAGCAGCUGAUUGUACGGUAACUUUACCAAUCAGAACAUUUACUGUACUUUCAUUUGUGUUUCUGGGAACUUGGCUACUACUUUAUGGAAGUGGUUUUUAAAUUCAUUUAGACAACAUUCUAUUUAGGAAGUCAUAGGCUUUCAAUUACCUACUUGACUCUUUGAAUGCAACUGUACUGUAUUGACAUUAUCAUACAGACUUAGAAGGAACAGUGCACAUUUGCAUAGCUAAGGGUUAACUGCACCUAUAGGCGCACACACAGGCAUGAACACUACCUGGGGCAAGUUAUAAGAAUAAAAUUAUUAGUUGACGCAGGUGUAUAUAUCACAGGAAAGCAUUUUUAAAACCCCUACACUUAGAUUUGCUUUAUUCGUGUUUGGGAUGAAUAUACAUUCAUGACUCUGCAGCUUGUCAUUGCAUAUUUCCCUUGAGUUUGUUUAGUUUUUUUUUUGUUUUUUUUUUAAUGGCAAAUUUGAAAAGGGUAGGCACACCUUUAAUCUGCUAUCAUAUUUUAUCAUAGCUGCUUAGACAUAUUUUAUUUUGGUUAUGUAAAACCAAGUCAGUAGUAAUGAUUUUUCCUCCAGUUUAUUUUAGCUAUAAGCAAAGAUGCCACUAUACACAGUGCUUUUGGAUAGCUAUGCACUUGAAAGAAUGUUGCAGUGGUUAAAAGGUAUUUUUUCACAAGAGGUCUGUGAGUCAGAUUAGGCUAGCUUUUAAUAAAUAAAAAUGUUUUAAUUCACAAUUUCUCUAAUAUGCAUCUGUAACGCACAAUGCCAUCUUGAAUUAUUGACACCCUCAAUUUAAUUUGGGUGUCUCAGUCUAUUGGAGAGUUCUUUCAUAAUAAUAUUUUUAAUUCUGCAUUUAAUAAUAGACUCUGUAGUGUCAUUGAGAGUGGCCUUCAUGCCGUUUUUAAACACUCAUGCAUAAUGGACCUAAAUUAGCUCUGCGAUUUGUAGCAUUAAAAGUUAAAACCAGAAAUUAGGGGAUUCAGCGAUACACAGUGUUUGACACAACUUAUGAAUUAACAACAACCUAAAAUAAUAUGUCAAGGCCAUUUGCAGUGUAUAUGUUGAUUUACUGUUCUGAUGUGAAGUGUGAUUGCAAAAUGUAGAUGACUUUACCAGAACAAUCAUUUGCCAUUUACAUAAGAUGUUUAGAAUAUGUUUGAGCAUAGCAGAAGAAAAACAGUCAUAUUUUAUUUAUAUUGCACUAUUUACAGACAUUUUCACAAAGCAACUUUACCCAAAUUUAAAGAACAGGCUGUGGGUGACAGUGACAGGAAAAACUCCUUAAUAGCAUGAGCACGAAACUAUAAGAGGAAUCAAGGCUUAAAAGGGGAGCUCAUUCUUUUCUGACUGAGUGGAACUAACAUGCAAAAAAUAUAAGUUUAAAAGUGAGGUUAACAGAGGUACAUGGACCAGCCAGAUGAAAAAUGCAUGAGAAGCCAAUGACUAAUGUUAAAAACUCAUUUAGUUUAAAAUCCUAAAACUGUCAGAAAAACACUUGGUGAACUAUUGAGUUAGAUAUAUAAGGAAAGUUAGACAUUAGUAGUAGGAGAUGUACACUGGUGUAAAACAUGACUGCAAUGUCCAGAAACUUGUUAUAAAUUAAUUCAAGGAUUUAAAGUCAUGAGGUUAAUUAUAAAUAAUGAUCGGAAUCCAAAGGGAUGAUAAACAGUUAAUUUUUUGUUUAAUGAGUAUCCAAGUCAGGUUUUUAUACCAUAGCAGAAGGUUGAAUGGCACAUGGAAAUGUCUCUGAAGUGGUCAAGCAUGUCCUGAGGGUAGGUGGAACCAGAGCAGUAACACCAUGCCAUGUUUCUGUACUGGUAUCAUAACAAAUAACCAAGGCACCAUAAAGCUCAAAAAAUACAUUAAUAAUAAAAAUAUGUUAAUUAAUACAACCGCAACAUGUGACCAAACUGUGCAUAGGACCCACCUACUGUACACCACAGGCCUCAAAAAGGAAAGUUUAAUGAUAAUUGUGGUAAUAAAUAAAGUUAUUUUCCACCUAAAUAUUCUACAGGUAGAUGGUCAAAAUACAGACUGAAUGAGUCCAGAUUACACCUGAAUAACCCAGAGUGUCAAUGAUAUGUCAGCACAUAGGACACAACUUUUACAUUACCUGAACAGUGAAGGCCAUAGAAUUCACAAUGCUGAAGUACACAGCACAUGUACGUUUGUGUUCACCACUAAGAGCCUGAUGACAGAAGAUAGAAAAGAGCAUUUGUACAUUGUUAUGUAGAAGAAGAACAGGAUGUGGUUGAAUAGUAUAACCAAGAUCUAAAGAGGAGAAAAUGUCUGAAUAAAUUGUCAAGGGUUUGUUUGUGUGUCAGGUUACAAGCACUAACCUUGAAGUUAGUGCAUCAUUCACCUAGAUAAAGGUGUGCCUUCCUUUACAAUAAUGUAUUUCACUCCAGCAAAUAAGAUCAACGUAUUUGAUGUUUUCUUUCCAACCACUUUGCGGUCAAAUUUAGGAUAGUUGCACUUUGCCUUGAAGGUUCUUAUUAGUGUUUCUAUAGCGAUAACUUUUUAGUAAAUUUGUAAAUGGAAAUGACCUCUGUUCCUGAUUAUUUUGACUGUCUUUCUUUUUGUUUACCUAUCAGAACAAAAUAGUUAUUUUGAAUAAGCUCAAGGGAAUGAUCAGUGACACUGAAAAAUCUGGAUUUCUUUAAGGUACUUCACUUAGACAAGUAUUGACUCAACCAUCCUUUCUUGACGUCCUUCCAUAUUUCUGCUUUAAUUGUACAGCAUGAAGGCAGUACCAUCAAAGCAGACGGCUGUAUAUUUCACUGGUGACUGUUUCAGCCUUGCAGUCCAGUGGGCUGUAAGAAUGUCAUUAUUUUUGCUACCUCAGCCUGCUAGUGGUUUUGCUCGGCAAGAGGUUAAGGUCAAGGAAAAUUGACAAUGAAUCUAGAGUUUAAUCAAUCAGGGUGCAAGCUUUGUGAAACUAGUCACUCAGCGUACCGACUGAACACUGUAGCAUUUUGCAUACAGAGAAGAGACUGGCCCAUCAUUAGAAUUAUCUUUCUGAUGGUUUUCUUCUGUCUGUUGUUAGUUGAGUAGCAAAAACAUUUUCAACUGUAAGGCAAGUUCAUGUACAGUACAGCUGGCACAUGUGUUUUUGUGUGAUUACCUUUGUGAUUGAUAGGAGUAGCUUUUUGCUUUUGUUUUUCUCUUGACUGAGUUCCGACAGAUUAGUGUUCAUUUCUAUCAAACUGAAAACUCAUUGUCACAGUGAUCCGUAGACUUGUAGUUUAUGUAAAGACCAUGGGUCAUGCUAUAUUAUGCUGGCAUUGUACCUUUGUGAUUCAGCCUUAAGAUAACUUUCUAGACAUUUAUAGCAUAUUAAGUUGAGCUCCAGUCUUAGUUUGUUGAUUUGAUUCUUUUCCUAAACUGGAGUCUACAUUUUGUAUUUUGUACAGUGCUAUGUUCAAAGCUUUCUGGAGCAAAAGAAUACUUUCUUUGGAUGUAUGCACAUUUGCUGCUCAAAACAAAUGUUAGGAUGUAUCUUAAUAUUUCAAAGACUUGUUAAAUUCUCCUGAGGUCACAAAAGAAUUUUAAAGGUGUGGUAUGUAAUGUAGUGAUCUGCUGUGUAUGCAAGAAACUUAGUGAGCUUUUGAGAGAAAUGGGGUCUUGUAAAAUGUUACCUCUUUUUUGUGUUUGUUUCAGUUGUAUCUGUAAAGGCGGCGUCAUGGCUUUUCCUUUAUAUUUGAUUAUGCUAUUUGAAAAUUCCACGUUGUCCAUGUGUUCCAGCAUUCUGACUUUCUGACUUAGUGUUAGCACCCCCCACCCCCCAAAAAAAGGAUUUUUUUUAUUAACAGUGUGUGUUAUCAACCUAGAUGGUUAUAUUUGUCUGGGAAAAAUCCUAUAAAACCGAUAAUUGAACAACCCCUACUUGUACAUCUGAGCUUUGUUGUUACUGGCCAAAGACACUAGCUGUCCCCCAACAGCCAGACAACUGAACUUAGUAAGAUUUCCUCACUCCAUGGCUGUUUGUUGACGAACUGCAAAAGAUAGAGCCAAAAACCUUUAUUUCAGUGCUUUAUAUACAGCAAGGAUUGUAAAAUAAAGUUCUGGCCAACUGGGGAAAAGGGGGCCCUCUGAACUGAAAUCCAGUCUUUGGUCCACUGUAGUCCAUAACUUAUUUUGCAGUUUGUUUUCUCCAUGUUUGUGUGAUAUUGUGUUGCGUUCUAAUGAAAAAAAAUGACAACAUAGAAUACCUCAAAUAAUAAAUCCUUGUAAUUCUUGACAGCCUCCACUUGUAAGUAGAACACUACAAUCUCCUCAUUGCCUUUCUCAAGCCCCCUGUAUGUCUGCCCCCCCACCACUUUGAAUGAUUUCAUUUCCCGUGUAGCACAUGGUGGAGGUCUCAGCAUGUUUAUUUUUUAUUUUUUUAAAGAAUAUUUUACAUUCAUAUAUAUUCAUACUCAGUGCUAGAUUACUAAAAAUACAAAGACACUUGAUAUCAGAUGGCUAGUGGAAAUCUAUACUCAUCGGGUGGGCACUUGGGUCUCUUGUAACAUCUUACUUGUGAAUUAUACUGCAAUGGGAAAAUAUUUUAUUUGCAUCAUGAUGUAAAUCAGUAAUUGUCUCCUUUAAGUAAACAGACAUUUAUUUAUAGGAGUGUUUAAAAGACCAUGGUAUGAGCUGUAGUUUGGCUGUGUGUGUGUGUGUGUGCGUGUGUGCGUGUGUAUGUGCGUUAUUUCCUUUAUCAUGUUAAUUUUCACCAAAACUGAAUGUAAGAGUAAAACCUUAAAAUACAAACUGACCUCUGAGAUAAGUGUACAUUUUAAAAGAAAGUAAUAGCUUAAGGUAUUCAUAAAUAUAUGUAUACAUGCCCAUCGCAAUGCAUUGUGUAUAAUGUUCUGUAUGGUCAUAUACUUGUCUUAAGGAAAGGGAUGCAUCUCUUCCUCAUUUGAUUCAGGGAACAAAUGUGCAGUAUAUCAAGUUAAAACUCUUCAAGCAUAACCAUUUUCUAGUUUAUGUACAUUACUCUGGGUUUUGGUUUUAGAAUGUCAGUGUUAAUGUGAAUUUAAAGAAAAUAUUUCUUAUCCAGGAAUACUGCCAGUAAGUGAGCAAACAGUGGAGUGUUUUACACAAUGCUGUACUAACAAAUGAUCUAUCGAGAGGAAUGACAAACUCUUUGGUUGUAUAUAGUAGUCUCUUACUUGCUCCUGCCUGUUUUACUCUUUUGAUCAGAUGUAUAUACUUUUCAUGAAGCCUCCCAAACAGUUUAGCUCAGAAUAAAAUAUGCGCUUACAACAUCAGUCACUGAUGGUUCAUUUUUUCCUGUUUAGUAGCCAUGGAUUCCUCUUUUGCUUUAAUAUUACUGCUAUUAUUUCUGCAUGCUUGUAGUAACUUGAGGUUUUAUAAAUAUGAUGGCUACAGUUGUUUUAAAGGUUUCAGUGGCCAUUAGACAAUUGUUGUUAAAAUCAUGCUUACGUUACCGUAAGUGAGGAAAGGUGUGAUCUGCUGCUGAUGCUUUCUCAAAACAGUUUGUUAAAGCUGUUCUUAUUUGUCUUGUGCACAGUAAAAUAAGUGUGGAUGUGGUUGUGUGAGUCUGUAAUUUAUUUUAUUUAUUUUUUUUAACUAACAUUUAUUUAUUUUAUUUUAUUUUUUACCUUUAUCAGCUUUCUGCAGAGAUAAACAGCUUCAAGACUGUAAUUUUCCCACCCAAAAAGAAGGCCCUUUUUAAUUGUUUUUAAUCUUUUUUUUUUAAUUUAGUCUAUCAAUUUAUUCUAGUUUAGGAACAACAACCAACCCCUCAGGGACGAAUGAUUCAUUGAUAAAAUUUUUCAGGUAUUUUAUUGAGAUUACAGCCUGACAGUGAGUUUUACUGAAGUCACUCAUUUUUACGAAAUUUAGUAAAAUAAAAUUUUACGUCUUUCAGACACAUAAUUUGUCCGGUUUAUUGCUGUUUGUUACUCUUUGAAUUCUGAAUGUCAGAAUAUACUGACAUUCAGUAUAUUUACAGAAUGUCAGUUGAAAAAUUUAGUUCAGGUAUAAAAUGUCGCUCGGACUGUGCAUUCAGCUGCAUUAGCACUCCUCUGUACACACUGUGCCUCAUAUGCCUUGUAACAAUACAUCAUUAUAUCGCUUUCUAACGGUGAUGUUUCUGCUCCUUCUCAGCACUCUUACACAAACAGUUUAAAUAUUGUCAGCACUGUUCUGAGCAUUUGCUGUCAAACCAUUAUAAUUUGUAGUUUAAAGUGGUUUUGCCCUAAUGAACUAUCAGUUCUGGAAUUCAGAAUGCUUGUCUCUGUGACUCUCAUUUUCUAAUGUAGAGAUGCCCAACUCAAGUCAUGGAAUACAGCACAGUUUGGUUAAAUUUAUGUUCUCACACACUAGAUUCAGGUUUAUUACCAGGCGUUAGAACAUGUGUUAACGCAGGGAAAUGACCAAACUCUGUGGAAGUCUGGCAUCCCCGUUCUGAUAUGUUUGCUAGGUUUUGGUGGAAUUCUGUCAGUUUGGUGACAUUAAACAGCAGUGACAUGAUGUCCACCUUGGUUGUUUAAAAAAGUAAAUAUAUAAGCACUCGAGAUUUGCAUUGAUUUGCAACUCUUCAUACAUUCCUAGUGUCACUAUUUUCAUGCAUGAGACUUAGACAGAAAAUACAGGCAUGACAGAUUUUUUUUAUGUGCACAAAUGAAAUACUUGUUGACUUUUAAUAAGGGAGGCGUAACCUGCUAGGUCUUAUAAUGUGCAGGCACACCAGAGUAGGGUUAGGUGUUGCAUUUUAGGGUUGCAUUGUUUUCAGUAUACCUCAAAACCCACAUGAAAUAAUUUUUUAGAGAGAGGUUCAGACCUUACAACACUGGUUACUCUAUCAAUACAGUCCUCAGAAGACAGGCACGCUAUAACCAGAAUAGACCUCAUUUCAAUAUGUACUGUUUACAGUUUGAGAAAAAAAAUUUCUUUGUUUUAUUGUACUGUAGUUUUAUUUAUGUAUAUGAAUCUGUUCUUUUUUUGUAACAUGUGAUUUUAACUUUAAUUCUAGGCUGUGGUUGAUGUCUGUGGUUUUGGGCACUUGCAAGGAUCACAUUAGAAAUGCUGAUUUGGUUGCACAUUGCAUUUUUUUCCCCCUUUGUUUGAAUGAAAAUUUGUUUUACAGCUGGGCAAAUGAAUAAUAAGCCAUUUACCAAUUUGUAAUAGCCCCUGCCAUGCACACACUAAAACUGAAUCAUUCCAUCAGAGCUGGUUAAAUAUGCUUUUGUGCAUGUAUGAGUUUUGUUUUAUUCAAUUAGGAAUAAAUUUUCGCAAAGCAUUUCAAUUGUAACUUUGUGCAAGUGAGUAUUCACUGGAUGCUAGAACUUUCUUUUGAAAACCACUAUUCUUCUAAUAAAUUUUGUUGUGAAAAUA